AAUAAUGGGAUGUAAUGAUUCCAAAAGGACUUAUUUUGGUAAGAUGGCGCCCUCUAGUAGUUGAGCUGUCAACCUAACGCGUGUCGUCCAUGUUCCGAGUGUGGUGUGACUUAUUUUUAUUUUGUGUUAAUUUUCAAUGCCCUGUUAUAAAUGUGAAAUGCAACAGCAUGUGUCAUCCCAUAUAGUGGAACCUUGCUCCGGCUGAAUGGAUCCCGCCGUCGCGUGGUAUCAGCCCGAGCAGGAAGGACCCGCGAAGCGCCUGUGGCUUCGUAUCUGGGAAACUCAAAGUGAAAUAGACAAAAUGAAUUUGAAAAACUUAGAAAACUCUAAUCCGAAUUUGAAUAAAGCGCAAGACUUUAUACCUAUAAAUGAUGUGAAUGGUGAAAGUAGAAAUAAUAAUUAUUUUAAUCCCGCGCGGAGGAAAGUGAACGAUAACCGCGCAUCGACUUUUAACCUGAACAAAAACCACGAUGCUCUCAUAGGUGAAUACGGUGGGUGUCCGUGGCGGAUACCCAAUUACAAAUAUAAGCCCGGAAUAUUGGGGUUACAUGAAGAAAUCGAGCACUUCUACACAUACAUGUCGCCAACGGAGACCGAACACCUCGUCCGUUCUACGGUCGUGAACAGGAUCCGUGGCGCUAUCCUGACGCUCUGGCCGCAAGCCAGGGUUGAAGUGUUCGGCUCCUUCCGUACCGGCCUCUAUCUGCCUACUAGCGACAUUGAUCUGGUGGUUAUAGGUCAAUGGGAGAAGCUGCCGCUAUGGACGCUAGAGCGGGAACUCGUCACACAGGACAUAGCUGAGAAGGAAAGCAUCAAGGUCCUCGAGAAGGCCACUGUUCCCAUCGUGAAGAUGACCGACAAAUACUCGGACGUUAAGGUGGACAUAUCGUUUAACAUGAGCAGCGGCGUGAAGAGUGCAGAGCUUAUCAAGCAGUUUAAGGAAAAAUACCCAGUCCUAACACGCCUAGUAAUGGUUCUCAAACAGUUCCUCCUCCAACGAGACCUGAACGAGGUCUUCACCGGCGGCAUAUCUUCCUACUCGCUCAUACUCAUGUGCAUCAGCUUCCUCCAGCUCCAUCCGCGCCCCGAAAGACUGAGACAGCAACACAAUCUGGGCGUGCUCCUAAUAGAGUUCUUUGAACUGUAUGGAAGGAAGUUUAACUACGUGAAAACGGCUAUAAGGGUGAAGAAUGGGGGGUCGUAUGUGUCUAAAGACGAGAUACAGAAGGACAUGAAUGAUGGGCAUAGGCCGUCCUUGUUGUGUAUAGAGGAUCCGUUGACGCCGGGAAAUGAUAUUGGGAGGUCGAGUUAUGGAGCGAUACAGGUUAAACAGGCCUUUGACUACGGGUACAUAAUCCUCCAGCAAGCCGUGGCCCCACACAACGUGCUCCUAGCGCGACACAGCGCGCUCGGCCGCAUAGUACGCGUCACGGAUCACGUGCUACAAUAUAGACGAUGGGUCCGAGACACGUUCGAACCGUUCUUCUUCCCCCAUCGGGCGCCGCCGGCUGCGGUGUCUAGCGAGCCUUCGCCUCCCCCGAGCGAUAGCGAACCUGAGUGGUCGGACAGCUCAGCGCGGGCCUCACCGGUGGCGGGCGCGCGCACGUCUCCGCCGCCGCUGUCCGCGCUGCAGUGCUCCUCGCCCACUCCCCGGCGGGUGUCCGCUCACCAGAGCCUGAUCAUACACCACAUUACCAGCAAUUCAGACUUCAACAACAUACCCUCAGGAGUAAUGCAACAACGCUACUCCAACGACAGUGCGCCAAAGAACCGCAACCGCUCCUUCUCAUCCAAACAACGGCGCUACUCCUCCCCGCCCGCGCAUCCGCGCCGCAUGGGGGGUGGCGGCGGAGGCGGAGGGGGAGGCGGAGGAGGGGGGGACGCGCGCGGCAGCAAGAAGCGCCGCCAAUUCGCGCCGCAACCGCAGCGAUGAUAUACGGCCGGCGUCUAGGUGAUACGUGCUAGGAUGUGUUCUAAUUGUCACCAUGUUUACACAAGUGUGCGGUCUUAGUGACGAGCGUUCGGCGGGGCGGGUAGCGUUGCAUCAAGCGUACAGCGAUUUACGCGUGCCGCUCAUAUACGUUUACGCUGAUCGCUUCGCUUGAGCGUCUACUUAAUUUGCACACUGAUGUCGGUGCAAGGAUCACCUCAAUAUAAGAGUUUACUUUUAGAUAUACUCUUGUAUAGAGAUGAUAUUAAAACCCUCUUCGCUCCGCCGGUGACGCGCGCCAUAGUCGCAGCGUACACAAUCGGCGUGUAGGUUAUUAACAGAUGAGUGGUCGAGAUGUGUUUGUGACGGACGUAACGAAAAUUGUCAAAGCCUAAAGCAUCCUAAUGUCAGCAGCGCUAUAGAAACCGAUUUCGGGAUAGGACGUUAGAAAAAACAAAUUAACCUUAGGUCUCUUUAGGCAUUUAGCGUUACACUGUUGAAUUGUACCUACAUAGUUCCCGUUUCAAUCCAAAUUCGACUAAAAUAAUCCAUAGUUUGAGACGUAAUCAUCCACUCAAAGGCGGCUUUUAGUUAAAUGUACAGUGUAAGUAUUAAACUUUUAUCAAUAUACACAGUUAUCGUCGAUAUAUCAGUUACGCAUCGCCUGAUAUCAGAAUAUAAAUUUAAAAAAUCACAAAAAGUAUUGUGUAACUAUUGAAUUAAAAAAAAAACCGGUACUAUCUAAAGAAUAAGAUAGAAAUUAUAUUUUGUUUUUAAAUUUUGAGCAUGACUAUUAUGUAUCUAAUUUCAUUGCAAUAAGAACUCUUAUGCCUCGGGCCAUGUAACACGCUCCGAGCGUGCACGAGCGACGCUGACGCCGACCGCCAUACAUAGCGUCGAGCGUACACGCUCGGAGCGUACGUUUUGUGGCCCCAAGGCAUAAGAUUGUUAACCCUACGUUGAGGUUGUAUACAGCGUUUACCGCAUUUUUUUAAUCCGUCUUUAAUUUUGCGUAGCUGAUACUAAACUAGAGUAAGACCAAGAUAAGUGCAACGAUUUUGAUAGCACACGCAGUGCAAGUGUUAUUUUAAACGACAAACUUCUUUGAAAUUAUGACUUUUAAAAUAACACUUGCACUGCGAGUGCUAUCAAAGUCGUUGCAGACUUUACUUGGUCUAACUCUAUUGACGCUUAUCAUUCGCUGUUGGAAAGGCAAGCAAUAAUUUCGUUAUUCGUAAUUAUACACGUUGAACAUAGACUUAUUAUUGUCAGGAGUUGUGUAUACCGUUAUUAUUGCAACUUUGCACCGUGCAAAAUUAACAGUUGCAACUUUGCCCACUAGCAAACUUGCACUGUUCUGUAAAAAUAGUAAUAUAUAGUGCUCUUAAAACAUUUAAAUCUCUUUUUAUUUAUAUGGAGAUAUUUUGGCGGGCAUUGAAGCCAAUUGCACUGUUACACGAACAUCAACCACCAAUUCUAUA